AAACAAAAUCGUCUUUAUUCCGAUCCUCUCUCAUCAGAGAAAAAACUCAAAAAAAACUUUUCCCGACCCCCUCUCUUGUCCUUCAAUUAAUCUCCUGUCCAAAAUCUCUCUCCUCCUAGAUCGGGUUUCCGUUGCAGAAUCGAUGGAUAUCUCCAAGGGUACCGACGAUUACAUUAAAGAAUCGAUCGAGCAGUCAUUAGGCCUCCCCGUAUCAUCCAGAACCCUGGAACUGAAGCUUCUCGCUUCCGAGGACGACCGCCAUCGCCUCCAAGAUCAGAUAUUUCUCUUGCAUGAUCGCCUCAAGGAGUCCCAGAAGCGCGUCGAUCAAUAUAGGGCGGAGGCGAGCAUGAACGCGCAGGGGUUGAGGAAGUGCGUGGAGGAGAAGGAGGAGAUUGCUGGGGUGUACGAGAAGCUGGAGGUCCAUUGUGCGAAGCUCGAGAAGGAGUGCAUGCUUUACGAGAGGGAUUUCGAGAGGAUUAUGGAGUCGUGUGAUGAGUUGGGGAAGGAGAAUGAGGAGCUUAGGGAGAGACUGCAGGAUGAGUCCUCGAUCACAGUAUUAGCUGCUGAAGUUGAAUCCUUACGGAAGGACAAAGAACACCUGAGAAUUAACCUUCUACGAGCUGAAGAGGAGGUAAAGGUAUUGUUCGAAGAGAAUAGAUUGCUGGAUGAAGAGAAUAAGAGACUCACGAGGCAGUUACAUAGAGAACGACGUGUCCAGGGAUCCGAAAGCAGACCCUCAUCCUGCAAACCCUCAGCAGGUGCUUCUGCUAAGGGUAAGCGAAAGUCAAGCUUGAAAGAAGGAAGCCCAACAGGGAAGGUGAUUGAUUUUGACGGCUCUGAGUCACCGAGACCGCCUCUGUCACCGCUGCAUCAGAAUUCUCAUGAUUCUAGCAAAAUGCAUAAGAAGUAGUUCUUUGUCGCGUGCUGAUGCCUCCUAGUCAUCAGAAGGUCCUUUGCUGAUACACCAAAAGCUUCUAACUUGUCUCUAUCUGAUAUCUUUAGCAAAUUCAAAAAGCGUUUUCCCAAGGAUUCUUAGAAUUUUUGUGCUCAGCUGUUCAAACUGAUAUCAUUUUCUUGUUGAUGUUGUAUUUAUAGAAACUGAUGGAAAUGAGUAUGGGCAUCUCUCUUCUUGGGAGCCUUGUUUUGUGAAGUAACACA